AUGAAUGAAUCUUUGCCUGUGUCUUCUCCAGCUCAUUCCCAUGUAGAUGUAGCACCUUCCCCUCAGGUUUCUCCUGCGCCCGUUGCUGUAUCUGAGGAUACUACUGAUCCACAAAUUGUGAAAGUGUUCGCUGCCCUUGCGUCCAUGGGAGAUCAGAUUAAACGGUUAACGAACAAAGUGGAAGUGUUUAAUGACAGAUACAAGAAGGUGUUUGAGCAGUACGCUCACAUACUGCGUGAAAAGUACCCAGAUAUUUCCAUAUUUGGGGAUAAUUAUCCUCCACCUGAUUGGAGACUAUGGCUUGCGCAGUUUUUGAGUGGUGCCAAACUCCUAACCAUUGUAAUGAUACUUGCAAACAUAAAUUUGUUCGAGUGGCUAGGACAAGAAGCCCCAUCAUGGUGGAACUGGUUCACCUCUAACAAAAUUUACGGCUGCAUGAUGAUCUUUUUCCUUUGCAAUGCUGUUGAAGGCCAGUUGGUGGCUACAGGAGCAUUUGAAAUUUCAUUUAACGAUGUUCCUGUCUGGUCAAAGCUAGAGACUGGUCGCAUUCCUCAACCUCCGGAACUUUUCCAAAUUAUUGAUAACCAUGUAAGGUUUAACCAAAACACAAAUUCAUGGAGUGAUAAAAUAUAACCUGAGCUAAGCUAAUGAGACUUAGCUUUGUGUUAGUUAUGUGCAAUGUGGAGAAGGUUCCGUAAAGAAACAGUACAUAAUGGCAUCAUGAAUUGGAGGAACUCUAAUAUGGUUGGUAAAUCCACCCAUUAUGCUAUCUUACAAACCACAAGCUCCAGACGCCUUUGUAUUCUGUCAAGGAGUGUUGUAAAGGGAAAUUGAACUUGAGGCCAGAGUGCUUUAGUAUUGUAUUUUUGUGAGCUGUAAUAGCCCUAAUACCAAGUUGUUGUCUAAUUGCUCAUUUCUUCCUUGUUAUGAAGGCUGAAAUUGAAAGCACACCAUGUGUUGAUUUUAGCUGGAAGUCUAUUUAAUGGGAGAACCGUGGAGUUAGACAGCUGGUUGUUAUGUAGUGGUUCUUACCGUAGUAUGUGUUGUGACAUUCUAAAUGUCCGUGUGUUGUAAUUCAUGUUGGAAAUACCAGAGAAGCUUAGGAGUUUUUAAGUUUUCAGGUUUCUUUUGGUUAAUAGACUUAGAUUUUUCAGUUGGUUAUCCAUGAAAUUCAUGCAGAAUCUGAAAAUGUAGUUCAGUCAUUUUAAACAAAAUAGAAUAUUUGAUCAAGACAAGUAAGCAUGUGUGAGAUUGUGUUAAGUGUAUUGCGUGGCUGCCAUGGAGAUACAGGUAGAAUUUUAAGUGAGGUAUUGAUAUCCCAAUGAAACUUUGUUUUGAUGGAGAUAACAUGUUGUUAAUAUAAUGUUGUGAUAUACAUAUUGCCACAUUGUGAUCAUAUCCUUGUAUAAAUGGAAUAUAUUAAGUACAGUAGUAAGAAAAUGGGUAAAUGUUGUUAAUUAUUUUAAUAAUAAAUGCCAGAAUUAUUUUCAUAGUUUUCUGUAUGUAAUUACAAGUAGAUGAUGACUUCAACCAAUUACAAGCUUUUCAGUUCCAUGUGGUUUUAUAAAGAUCAAAGUAAAUUAUUUAGCAUUAUUAUACUGUAUAAAGUAUGUUCAGGAUGCACUUGACUAACAUGUUUAUUGUAGCUUCGUGGAUAUCUAGUAACAUUUUAUUAAAAGAAAUUCCAUUGGACAAUGCCUUUUAGUUAAAAUUUCAGUUUUUACAAUGAAUAAUAAUUAGUUACAGAAUUUAACAUGCUGGUUGCUUCAUUUAUUCUUAAGUUUACUUCCUAGUUGAGGUUGCCUUUUUAAUGAGCCUCCUCUAACUUUUCCUGUAUUGUGCUUUCCUUUACUUACUCAUUUUUAUGUACUUUUUAUGUAUAUUUCAGUGCAGUGACUCAUUGGCUUUCUGUGACAUUUCAAUGACUUUUGCUGAUCCUCAGAUGUAUUCAUUUCAUAGCCUCUCUGUUUGUCCCUCCUCUCACCCAUUUAAGCGUUUCAUUUUCACCAUAUCUAAAUAAUUUUGCUGCUUACUUCAGUGAUGCAUCUUCUAGCCCUUAAAGCAUAGUGGGGCAUAAUGCCACCUUACAUACCUUGCCCUUCAGCCUCAUAUGGAGUCUCUUGUCACAAAGCUCAGCUGACCCCUUCCUCCAAUUACUAUUCCAUGUGGCUUGAAUUCGAUGGUAACCUGUUUAUCCAUAUAGUAAUCCACUGCAUCUGUUACCAAAACCAUGUACUUCAACACUCUUGAUGAUCAGUUGUCCUGGCUUAAUAUUGGCUUGCUGAUUAUCACCCCUCCCAUUUGUUAUAUAGUAUUGAGUUUUUGUUUGCUUUGUCUUCAUUCCUGUAUAGUGCAUAUCUCCACCUGUCUAGCUUUCUCUGGUUUCUGUAAUCAGAGCACUGUCAUAAGCAAAGAGCAGUCACCAGUGGGGCUUAUUCCUUCAAUCAUUGUCCAUUACUGUCGACCCCCAGUAUUCGCGAAGGAUGCGUACGACAACUCCCACGAUUUGCUAAAAUCCACUAAUACUCGGAAAAUCCUAAAAAAUGCUUAUACAUGAGUAUUUUAAUAGUUUUAUCACAAAAAAUGCAUUUAGUCAUGAAAAUUAUAUAAAAUAUAUAUAGUGAUUAGUGAAUAUUUCUUUAUGAAGAAUCCGUUAAUAAGUGAAUUUUCUGCAAGUAAUGGUUAUAUUAAGUUCCACAGAAAAAUCCACGAAUAGGUGACUCUGCAUAUCUGGAACUGCAAAUAAGCGGGGGUUGACUGUAUACAUCCUGCGCAAUAUUGUUGAACUUGAAGGGAUCAGUGCUGAUCCCUGGUGCAAUCCUGCUUUGACCUACAAGUUACUAGUCAUCCUGGCAUCUAUACAUUUCACAUAUUACAUAUUCUUCUGGUCUCUGCCACUUUUUCUAGGCCAAUAAAGCCCUUGCCUUUCUCCGUACUUUUCCAUUAGAACUUGGUGUACAGAGAAGAUAUUCCAUUGAUUGUAUCAGUUCUUUGUAUAAAUGCCUGUUAUUCUCUUCUAGUCUUGACCUCCUGUCUAGGUCUCCUCUUUAUGAUUAAUUGAAAUAUUUUUGGGGUAUGGGUCUUUAAUUCCUCUGCUGUAUAGGUCUCACUGCUUGGCUUGUGUCCUUUUUGUUUUAAAAGUUGGUUUUGUGUGCGCUUAUCAUUCUUCUGUUGCAGUUUUCUGCUCUGUAAUUUCUUUAUUAGGUCCCAAAGUCAACUCAUAGAGUCAACUCAUAGGUUGGCUGCCGUCAUUUCCUGUUAUGAGAGAGAAAUGAAUAACUAAGAACAUGAUCAAAGUAAAUGCCACCAACAAAGCAACAAAGAAGAAUGUCUUCUGGGAAAUCCUGAAUAGUUUUGUGGUAAAUUGGGCAUGCCUGACAUCCCCAACCACUGGCAUGAGACCCAGGGCAACAUGAUGUCAUUGUAAUGAUGCUUUUUUUUUUUUUGUGCCCCAUAUUGCUUGCAUUGGAGAUGAUGUUGGCUGUGGAACCCAGGCACAGAAAGAAUCUGAAAGAGAGUGCUGAUGCAAUAGCACUCCAAGAUGAGGAAAAUUGACCAAAUGAAUGAUCAUGUAGGUCAGGAUGGGUAUUAUGAUGAGAAACCUUGUGACAACAAGCAGAGUUAUGCAACCUGAUGAGUUAGUGUAAGUGGAUUCAUCCCACUUGAGUGCUAUGUGCACUGCACCAAAAUUUAACAAAGUAACACAUUUUGAUUUUCAAAAUAUUGAAAAUAACUUUAAUGAUGUAAUUAACUUUUAAAAAUAUAUAUAUUUUGUGGUAGUUUUAAAGUUAAUUGUACAUAGAAGCUACAUGAUUUUUUAAUAAGAUUUACCCAUUUAGUUCCAGAGAACCUAGAGUAAAUGAGCAUAUGUUCCAUUUUUUAUACACAGGAUUGUUAACCAUUGUAUUUCUUGUGAUUCUUAAACAGAGUCGUGAUUUACAUGUUUACUAGUCCAACUUUUAAAAUACCUUCUUUAUUAUACAUUCCUGAGUUUAUUCAUGUUAUUGGCAGUGUGUAUUGAAGGAUGUUUAGUAUUGUUCAUAAUAAAGGUAACCUACA